AUGCGUGCCCUCUUCUGGAAUAUCAGAGGGAUGAAGAAGGCUGUUGGUCGUGCAACUCUCAGCAAUAUUCUCCUAGACAAGCACCCUGAUGUGGUUUGUCUAGCUGAACCAAUGGUGGAGGUAGCUGCUUUCCCUUCUUUAUUUUUUAAUAAACUGGGAUAUGAUGCAUGCUUUAUUCAUAAUAUUCGCACUGAUAAAAACCCAAACCUAUGGGUCAUUUGGAAGAGGUCUCUCACCAAACCAACUAUUAUUUCCAUGUCUGACCAGUUUAUUUCACUGUGUAUAAAUUGGAGAAACAAUUCUAUUUACAUAACUUUUGUACAUGCGAGUUGUUUCCAAGCUUCUAGAAGAGAGCUAUGGAUGGCUCUUGCAGCGACUCCAAUUGGCUCCUCUCCUUGGCUAGUGACAGGUGACUUCAAUGCCUCCCUUUUUUCGCACGAAAAAAAGGGUCCGGGCGCCUUUAAUCUUGGGUCUGCGUCUGAGUUCAAUGCGGCUGUGGAUGCUUGCAACCUGAUUUCAGUUCCUUCUCAAGGGCAUAAGUUUACUUGGACGAAUAACAGGAAGCGUGGGAAUGUUUUGGCAAUUUUGGACAGGUCUUUUUGUAAUGAAGAGUGGAUAAACCACUUUCAUGACUGUACCCAGGAGGUGAUGCAGCGUUUUUCUUCUGACCAUUCCCCCCUGUGCAUUACCUCGGAUUCAAUGCUGAAACCUACAAAUUGCCCCUUUCGCAUCCAACGAUUUUGGAUGGACCAUGAGGAAUUUAUGGAUGUGGUCAAUAAAUCCUGGAGUGAACCUGUGGAUGGCUAUCCUAUUUUUUCUCUUGCUCUUAAGCUGAAACGCCUCAAGCCUAUUCUCAGAAGCUGGGCAAGAUCAGUGUUCCCAAACCUAGAUGCGGAAUUAAAAGCUGCAAAAGAUGAUCUUCAGCAAAUUCAAUCUCAGAUAGAUUCCUAUGGUAUUGAUGACCAUCUUUUUAAUUUGGAAGCUGAUGCUAAAUCCAGAUACUUGAAAGCUCUCCUUGACCAUGAAAAGCUAUGGGCAGAAAAAGCAAGAAAUAGAUGGCUCUCUCAAGGAGACCGAAACUCUAGAUUUUUCCACUUAUCUGCUAAAAUCAGAAGGGUGAAGAACUCGAUUCGCUCUCUUCAAAAAACUGAUGAUACAAUUACAUCAAGCAUGGAUGAUUUGGCUGUUCAUGUUGAGGAGUACUAUAAGGCUAUCCAUAAAGCCAGCCCCACCAUUGACCAUGGAUCGCUAUUGGAUUGCAUUCCCCAUAUCCUUGACGAGCUUGACGUUAGAGGAUUGGAAGCCAUCCCAAAUGAUCAAGAGAUCAAGAAUGCAAUUUGGGACCUGGACCCUGAUAGUUCCCCAGGCCCAGACGGUUACUCUGGUGCGUUCUUCAGACAUUGCUGGGAGCUAAUUGGUUUUGAUGUUUGCCGUGCUGUGAAGAAUUUUUUCAGCUCUGAACCCUUCCUAAAGGUUAUGGCUACAAGACUCUCUUCUCUCCUCCCUAAGCUCAUUUCAGAAGAGCAAGGCGCCUUUCAGAAGGGCAAGGUUAUUCAGACUAAUAUCAGCCUCGCUUCAGAGUUAACUAACCUCAUGUUUGAGUGUACAAGAGGUGGAGGUAUGGGGAUAAAAAUUGAUAUCCAGAAAGCCUUUGACACUGUAUCUUGGAGCUUUCUUUUCAAGGUCUUGAAAAAGUUUGGCUUCCCUGAUACUUGGAUUGAUUGGUUGCAUCAAAUUCUUCGUACAUCCAGAAUUUCAGUGUUGCUCAAUGGAGGUCCGGUUGGAUUCUUUGGUGUUGAGCGAGGCCUGCGUCAGGGUGACCCCAUCUCCCCUCUUUUAUUUAUCCUUGCCGAGGAGGUCCUGUGUAGGGGAAUCCGCCUUAUGAUUCAAGACAAGAAACUACAAGCCAUCAAGGGUCCUCGUGGUGUCCAAAUGCCAGGUUUUCUCCUCUUUGCAGACGAUAUUUUCUUCUUUUUAAAUGGCUCCAUCAAAUAUGUCAGACAUUUCCAUGACUUCCUUACAAAGUAUCAGCAGUUUUCUGGUCAACAAAUCAAUCUCAACAAAAGUAAACUUUUUCUGGGGAAGAUGUCUCUUGAUAGAAAGCAACUCAUCUCUGAUACCCUUGGAAUCUCCAUCUGCAAGUUCCCUACAAAAUAUCUGGGAGUGGAAAUUUUCAAGGGUAGAGUCACUCGGGAACCUCUCCUCCCGAGAUGGAUGAGGAAUUUCAUUUGGAGUGGCGAUCCUGAAACAGCCAAAGGAGUUACAGUUAGUUGGGACUCAAUCUGCAAGCCUAAACAAGAAGGAGGGCUGGGAAUUAGGCGUCUAAGGGAUGUCAAUAAAGCUUUUCUCUGUAAGCAGGUAUGGAAUAUAAGACACUCUACAUCAGCCCUGUCCAGCAUUAUUAAUGCUCGAUUUUUGAAGAAAAAUGGGGAGCUUAAGAAAGGGUAUAAAUCUUCCACCAUUUGGCCAGGCCUUCGAAGAAUGUGGUCUCUUGUCUCUAGCAAAGAGCGAUGGGUGGUGGGUAAUGGGGUUUCCAUAAACUGCUGGAAAGAUAGAUGGGUUGACUCUGAACCUUUUCAACAAAAGGCAGGUUUGACAGAUGAGUUGUUUGCAUCUUCCUCCAUGACAGUUGCGGCCUUUAUUGACAAUAAUGAGUGGAACUUCCCCACGGUUUCAUCUUCUCUUCUUCAAGAUUUUUUUCUCGCUGCUUCAACUAUCAAUAUCCCUAGAGGUAACAUAAAAGAUAAAUGUAUUUGGACCCUCUCUACCUCUGGUCAAUUCAGUACUUUCUCAGCCUGGAAUGAUAUUCGCCGCCGAAAUCCCAAGGUUCCUUGGCAUGAGCUGGUCUGGAUGAAAGGCCUCUCUCCUCGUCAGUCAACUUUUGGCUGGCGUCUGUGUCACCAGAAGCUUACUACUGAUGAUAUCAUUAGGAAAAAAGGCAUCUCUUUAGCCUCCAAAUGCAUCAUGUGCGGUCUUCAUGCUGAGACUCUGCCCCAUCUCUUCUUAAAUUGUAGUGUUUCUCGGGUCCUUUGGGAAAAUUUCUUGAGCUGUUUUGGUUUUCUUUGGAAGGAUCAAUCCUCCAUUGCUGAUUUGAUAUCCUGGUGGAAACGAAAGCGAAGAAUUUUGUCGGUAAAGGAUCCUUGGGCGGCUGGUUUGAUUAUAGUGACCGACACUAUUUGGCAAGAAAGGAAUCAUCGAUGGCAUGGUGGUAAGAGUACGGAUGCCUCUCUGCUAUUCAUGAAAAUAUUGAGAACGCUCAAGGAGUCUAAUCUCAACUUAAAAGGGGUCAUUCGGACUACUGCUGAUCUUCUUUGCUGCAGGAAACUAGGGUUGCAUGCAGUUCCAGGCGACCCUCCUUCCAUUCUUGAAGUCAUUUGGUGCAAGCCUCCACUCGCCUGGUCAAAGAUAAACAUUGAUGGUAGUUCCAUGGGAAACCCUGGUCGAGCAGGAGGAGGGGGUGUCAUUCGUGACUCCAAUGGAAAAGUUACAUUCUCCUUCAAGCAUUUCUUUGGCAUCAGUACGAACUACUAUGCAGAAUUCAUGACUUUUCUUCAUGGUAUCCGCCAUGCAAUGGGUCAAAGGAUUACAAACUUGUGGAUUGAAUCUGACUCUGUGGCAGUAGUCACCGCUGUUCAAGGCAAGUCUCUCCCUUGGUUUGCCCUGCAAGAGUGGCUCUCUUUACAGCACUACCUCAAUUCUAUAUCCUGGAAGAUUUCUCAUUGCUACAGGGAAGCCAAUCCUAUUGCGGAUUACCUUGCAAAAUCAGCUGCAAAAACAGGAUUAUCUGGAACCAUGGAGGAAUUUCCUAUUCAUAUUAUUGAGGAGAUUAGAUGGGAUUCCUUCUCCAAACCAAGAUUUAGAUUCU